CGAGAGCCAACUAGAAGAAUUGUCAAAUCUUCGUCAUCAUAAAUAUAUAGAGAUUGCAGUACAAAACUUGGGAUAUUUAUGCAGAGUAAAAAAAUCUCCGAAACAUCGAAGUUGUAUUAAUUUCAACUGAUUGACAUAACAUUUGCUGUCGUAGACUAAAAGAAAGUAAUAAUUCAAAAACAUAUAUUAAGAUAUGCGUCUUUCCAAAAUUUAACUUUAUUGUCUCGUUCAUCAAUUGUCGCUCUCAUUUGGCAUCUCUACGACACGAGUGGUGAGAGAAUUUUGAUUUUUCUUAAAGAAAAAAAAUAUGCUAAGGUCUUUUCUGCGGCUAACAAGGCUUCAGAUAUCUAUCAAACAGGCAAGAAGUGCUUGUUUACAACGAAAAAUAGCCAUGAAUAUGGACAAAGUAUACUUUCGUCAUGAUCCCAGUAGCGAAGAUUUGCACAUAAGCUUUCGUUAUGCCAAUCCGGAACUUAAUAUUGACAAGGAGUUCAAUUUUUGCCGCAAAAUUGACGAAAAACUUGAAGUCACUUUGAAUAGGAUACGUGGAAAUAUAGAAAAGGAAUUUAAUAAAAAAUUAAGAAAAGGUAAAAAGAAAUCAUCGACACAAGUGCAAGAAUCGCUGCCAGAAAACCUUACAAACGGAGAGAUAUCAAUUGAAUUUCGGCGUUUCGAUGACAAGCUGGAGGAUAUUACCUUUGCCGAUAUGCUGAGGGAGCAGCCAAAUAACAUAACCUUAAAAGUAUUGGAGCAAAACUUCGAUGUUGUGGUCAAUCAGCCAUGGGUGGUAAAUCUUGUACUUCCCACCUCAAUAAUGGCGGGUUUUACUGUAUAUCCCACCAAAUUGGAAAUGAAAUAUUCCGAUAAAGCUUUUAGUCGUGCAGAGUGGCUUAGAACUAAAAUGCCAGCGUCGGGCAAUAUUCAACAUGCAACUUGGACAAAAUGCGGAGAAGGCUUCGCCUAUGAAACCUCCAACGAUGAUGUGGGUCAUCAUUUAAAAUUUGUAGUGACACCGGGAAAUUCCCAAGGCCAAUUUGGACCGGCUGUUGAACAAAUCAGUAAAAACGAAAUACAGGCUGGUCCUGGAGAAUGCCCCUUUGAAACAAGACACUUUUUUACCCAAACCCGACUGACGGAUAACGCCUUUCGUGUCGUGUCCUACAACAUUCUAGCUGAUUUGUAUGCAGACAGUGAUUACUCCCGUAGUUAUUUAUUUCCGUACUGUCCCCCCUAUGCUCUAAAGGUUGACUAUCGCAAACAAUUGUAUAUCAAAGAGCUGCUUGGCUAUAAUGCCGACAUUAUAUGUCUGCAAGAAGUUGAUAUGAAGAUAUUUGAAUAUGAUUUGAAGCCUGUGCUGGAAAAUGAAACGCAUGGCUUCAGAGGUGUAAUUGCACAGAAGGGAAGCUGUGGGGAAGGUAUUGCGACCUUUUACCGUUCCGAUCGUUUUGAACUUGUUGAUAGCUUUAGCAUAAAUAUCGGUGAACAAAUACGACAACUUGAUGUUUUCCAGCAGUUAUGGGAAAAAAUUAAAUCAAACGAAAAGUUGGUGGAACGCAUUUGUGAUCGUAGCACAACUUUACAGUUGAAUUUACUCAAAUUUUCAAGUGAUAGUUAUAUUUUGGUGGCAAAUACCCAUCUCUAUUUCCAUCCAGAUGCCGAUCAUAUACGUCUUUUACAAUUCGGAUUUUGCAUGUUAUACAUAGAAAGUAUCUAUAAGAAAACAUACGAGAAAUACUCACUACAAAACGAAAAUCAAUUGGCAAUUGUAUUUUGUGGGGAUUUUAACAGUGUUCCCGAAUGUGGUAUUUAUCGUUUGAUGACUGAAGGUUUUGUGGACAAAGAUUUCAUCGAUUGGAGCAGCAAUACGGAAGAAGCCGUGAAAGGCGUAUCUCUUAGCCAACCAUUUAGCAUAAAAUCGGCCUGUGGUACACCAGAAUAUACCAACUACACCCAUUUAUUUAGCGCAUGUUUAGAUUAUAUAUUUUAUCAAAGUGAUCGCCUAGAAGUCUUGCAAUAUGUCCCCUUACCAACGGAAGAAGAACUAAAAGCCAACACAGCCAUACCAUCCGUUGUGUUUCCUUCUGAUCAUGUAGCGUUAAUAGCAGAUUUAAAGUUGAAAAAGCAUUAACAAUAAGUAAUAAAAUUGUGAAGUAAAUUAUAAUCACGUAGAAUUUGGAUA